AUGAAGAUACUUUGUAUUUUUCUGGCCUUUGUCUUCACUGUGUCUUGUGGUCCAUCAGUUCCACAGAAAAAUACAAGAGAAGUUGCAGAGAGAAAAAGAGAAUGUCAGCUUGUUCGUGGUGCUUGCAAGCCUGAAUGUAACAGCUGGGAAUAUGUGUAUUAUUACUGCGGCGUUAACCCCUGCUGUGUGGUACGGGAAUACAAAAAGCCAACCCCUGCUGUGUGGCACGAAUACAAGAAACCAAUCAUUAACAAAAUCACUACUAAACUCCACCAAAAAUAA